GUUCAGAGCCAGCCUGGUUUUUCUAGAGUCUAAGACGGUCAAGAUGGAAGGGACAUAUCUGACAGAAUGCCUUCUGGCGUCAUAACGUGCAGGCAUUGCAUCAUAUGGUAAAUGUGCUCCUGGACUGGUGGACCCCUCUGAGCCUCCUACACAUCCCAAAUACCUUUGAGAAUUAGGAGGGAAAUAAACCCUGAAAGUUGCUGUUGUUGGACUGCAGUGCAAGGAUGGAGGCCCCACUGGUGAGUCUGGAUGAGGAGUUUGAGGACCUGCGGCCUUGCUGCUCAGAGGAACAGGAGGAGAAGCCCCAGUGUCUCUAUGGCUCAUCUCCUCACCUUCUGGAAGACCCCUCUCUCUCUGAGCUUGAGAAUUUUUCCUCUGAAAUAAUCAGCUUCAAGUCCAUGGAGGACCUUGUGAAUGAAUUUGAUGAGAAGCUCAAUGUCUGCUUUCGGAACUACAAUGCCAAGACAGAGAACCUGGCUCCAGUGAAGAACCAGUUACAGAUCCAAGAGGAGGAGGAGACGCUUCAGGACGAGGAGUAA